AUGGGGAGAGGAAGUGCGGCCAGAAGAAACUUCGCUCAGAGUUGUUCGCUCCUGUUUGCCGUUCUAGACCAAGUAACCAUGGAGACCACUGUGGCGAGACCCCUGCUCGCGGUGACCAUGGUCUUGCUCCUCGCCAUGCCCACCGCGAGUGGCGGCACCAUCACCAUGUCGUUCGCCUCGGAGGAGGUCGCGUCGGAGGAGGCCCUCCUCUCUCUGUACGAGCGGUGGGCGCAGCACUUCGGGAAGGCUCUCCCAAGUGGAGGAGCACGCGGCAGCACCCGCUUCGCCGUCUUCGCGCAGAGUGUCCGGCUCGCGCACCAGCGCGGCCCGGGCAAACUGAAGCUCAACGAGUUCGCUGACACCGCCCUGAGCAACGACUACAGCAUCCGCUGCUACAUUCCGCUGGCGCGAGCCGGCGUCCCUGAGGGCCAGAGGAGAAAAUACCCAGACCCACCGGCGUCCAUGGACUGGCGCACCGGGGGGCGUCGUGACGCCGGUCAGGGAUCAAGGAACACACUGUGGAAGCUGCUGGGCUUUUGCAACCGCAUCGGCCAUUGA